AUGAAUUCAUGUCCGUCCGAGGAGAUCAGCUUGACGUACAUGGCAUCCGGGCCCUCACAGCCGCCGUACACACGCUCCUCAUCCUUGCCAUCAUCCCCCAUUGUAAAAAGAUUGCCUGGAAGAUGAUGAAUGGUUUAAGAUUUUUCAGUAAAGAUUCGAGUGGUGCAAGUCGCCAAGAACCAGACGGCCAGUCUGGCGCCAAAACAAGACCCGGGGAAGGAAAACACUGCUCGUCGAGUGCUGUAGAAUAUCACACUAAAGCAUUGAGAGAAGCAAAGGAAGACAGAGGAGAGUGAGUGACCUGAAAAGCGAUACAAAGCUGAAGAAGUUACGAGAAGACUGGAGAGCGACCUGAGAAGCGACAUCAAGCGAGACAGGUCACAAAGAAGGAAGGAGCGGCUGCGUGUUUACUAGUCUCCUCUGGUCAACUCGCCUUUCCUUCUGCUUCUGGCUGGUGUUCCCCCGCAGUGUGUGCGAGGCGAGCUGCUCCUUUAACACAGUCACCGAGAGGCACCACCAAGCAUGGCACCAGUGUUCCCUGACUGGGGUAUCUUCGCACUGCCCCGCCGGGAGCCACACUUCCGAGAUAUGAUGGAGAGCCUGCAGUCCCCACCCAGCCCAGCCACCCCGGAGCCAUCCAAGCAGGUCCUCACCUCUCCCCAGGACUCCCACAAGGCUCUGUUCUCACCCACAGCAUCAGGCGCCAAUUUGGGAUUCUAUAAGUCAUCCAAAGCAAAACCAUCCUCUGGGGUCCACAAGGCUCCCAAUGCUGUGCCCAGCAGACCCACUCACAGGUACACCCAGCUGCCGGCAAGCCGCAGGAAGAAGACUGAAGGGAUGAACAAGGGAGUCAGCCAUAACAUAAAGAGACCCAAACUGAAAAUUGUACAAGAGAAAAAGAAGAAGCUGAAGAUGGAGGAGACAGCAAGGAGGAUCAAGGAGAGAGCCCCGCGUAUCCCGGCAAACAGGAGCCCCGUCAAGUCCCCAUCAUCAACAGUGCAGAAGAAAAAAAUGCAAAUAUUGUCCCCGCCUGGUGUGUCUUUAUUGAAUGAUGAGGAGUCAUUUCUGCCGGAACCAUCAAGGGGCAAGUUCUUCAAGAGUCGCUCCCGUGCUGCUGCCAGUGUCCAGAUCAGCAAGAAUAUUAAGCUGUCCGCUAAGUACAAGGAUGUGUCGCUGAAUCAGAGGGCAGGAAAGACUUUUGCCAAGAAGAACAUUGGCCGCUUGGUGGAGGAGAAGCUGGACCAGUAUCUCCAGCAGCCCAGGGUGUCCAAAGAGAUCAGCGAGGUGUCACUGCUCCCCUCAGUGUCAAGUGCCCCAAGGCCCGCCCCCACCCGCAUCCGCUGCAGCCCCUCUCCCACCAAGAAAGCUCCACCUCGCAGGACCCGCACUCCCUCGCCCAAGAAGAGAGCCGCUGCCACCACCACUGCCAUGCCCACCAUCACAGAGAAGGCCUUGGACACUUCCCUGGGAGAGGAGCUGCAGGACAUGGAGUUGAUCAUGAAGGAGUGGGAGAGUGAGGAUCUGAAGGCUUCUGCCAGUGAGGAUGCAAGCGUUUCAAAACGCAACUCCCCAAGGAAGCUGAAUGGAGGCUCCAGUCCCUUGCGGCGAUCACCAAGGAAGCUCAGUGGAUGUGCUUCACCUGUCAGAUCACCGAGGAAACUCAAGGGGUGUGCUUCACCUGUUAGAUCACCCAGGAAACUCAAUGGAUGUGCUUCACCUGUCAGAUCACCCAGGAAGUUCAAUGGGUGUGCUUCACCUGUCAGGAAGUCACCCAGGAAGCAGGGGUCUGAGGAUCUGGCACAGGACUGGGAAUCACCCUGCAAGCACCAGGAAGCCUCAACGCCAGGCAAGAAAACCCACACCAGCCGGGCCAUGGCAGACUCCCUCAGACUGGAGCAGCUGGGUGCGUCUCCGUCAAAGAGGUCACCGAGGAAGCAGGACAGGUCAAUGCCACAGAAGCGUGGGAAUGAGAAGGACAGGGAGGAGGAAAGUGCCAUUCCAGAGUCUCCAUCCAAGAAAGUCAAGUAUUUCCCAAUAUUUUAUCCCAGCACAAGGCUUGCUGACUGCAAAUUCCCAAGAAGCAAGAAUGGGAGGAGCAAUAAGAAGUCUGAGAUAGAUGACACCCAGAUGAUGAUUGAUGCCGGCCAGAAAGAGUUUGGGGCCAAGCAGUGUCCAGAGUGUGGAGUGUUGUAUGAAAUGGGCAACCCCUCUGAUGACACCUCACAUAUGGACUACCACAAUCACCUGUUUAAUGCUCUCAAGUACACUGACUGGAAGAAGGAAAACCUGGUCCGUGAACCUGACCACCUUGGAGGCCGAGUGAUAGCGGUAUCAGUGCAGGACUCUGAGCGCUGGUGGCAGAAGGUGGAGGAGGUGCGGGAAGUUGUGGACAAUGAACUGGGCUUCUCUGAGAACAGCAUCAGGACCAGGGAGCACACCAAGGUCUUCCUGUACGUGCUGGACCAGCGUGUGGUGGGCUGCCUCAUCGCCGAGAAGACUGACAAAGCGUACAGAGUUGUCCCUCAGAAGCAACAGACGGAGGGUUCAGGCCGCCUGGUGUGUUGCUCCCGGGAUGCCACCAAGGUGUGGGUGGGGAUCAGCCGUGUGUGGGUCCUUAGCGCCAUGCGGGGGAAGGGCAUCGCCUCCACGCUGGUAGACGCCAUGAGGUGCAACAUGUUCAAUUGUCACAUGCUCUCCAAGGAUCAGUUUGCUUUCUCUGAUCCCACAGAGGCUGGUUUAAAAUUUGCUGAAAAGUACAUGGGGAGACCAGAUUUCCUUGUGUAUCAUCAUGACUUUUGAUUUAUUAGUGGCUCAGAGCAAGGAUGGUACUGUCUUCCUUAUUUAAAGUUGCCCAUAUUCAGAAAUUUAUAAUUGGGAUGGAAGGUAAUCUAUUGGCUGGAGUUUCAUGACUUGAGAUAGAUAGGACAGUUCAUGGUCAUUUUGCUUUACUGGGAUUGAGAAUAUGGAGACAAAUAAAUUAUAAGGUAAACUGUGACAUUCAGUUAUAUUUUAGUUCACAGUUUAUGAUUUUAUUAUUUGAAGGAAUUCAUUUUACAUUUGCAACAACAAAAAAAAUACAAUGGAUAGUUUUAUGCCAAAAAAUUUGUCAAAUGACCUUGUACACAGUUCAUGUGAGGAAGAUAGGAGUGAUAUAAUUGCAACUUCCCUCCACUAAUGAUAAGUUUCAGUGGUUACUUUUAUUCUUUUCUUAGGAUGUCGGUAAAACAAAACAUACAUACCUCUUAUUACACAUUCUUUUCUACUUAAUAGGGAUCAUCUGCACAAUAUAGAGGAUAUAUUUUUCAUACUUGUACAUAGGACAUCAUUUUAUAAUUGAACAAAUUACCUAUCUUAACUUAUUUGAAUGACUGUUUCCUUGGGCGUGAGUGGUGAGUGUGUGGGUGUGGUGUUGCAGCAGUGUGUGCAUCCUUGAAGGUGUGUACUGCAGCCAGUCCUGGAGUGCUUGUCAUGUCAGGGAACUUUUGAUGUUGAGAUUAAUUUUGUUUAUGAAAAAGUAAUAUCCUUUGUAGGAUUUCUUUACUCACAUUUAAUUCCUGCUAUAAUUUGUAUUAUCAUUGUAUACCUUUGUGUAAUGGACAACAGUUUGCUGUUAAGGAAUGUGGAACAUCUGCAUUGUUCCUAAGUACUGCAGGGAAGGCAUAUUUGUAGCUGAAUAUUUUAUUUCCAUCAUUGUUGUGUCCAUAUUUACUGCUAAAUAUGUUCAUUUCAGUGAUAUUUUUUUUUUUUUAUGAAUGAAAAUUGAAUUAUAAUUUCUAUUAUACAUGUUAUGAAUGAACAUGAAAUUAUAAUUUCUAUUUUAAAUGUUAUGAAUGAAAAUGAAGUUAUAAUUUCUAUUUUGAAUGUUAUGGAUCCAAAUAAAGUUUUAUAACA